AUGGAGCCGAAAAAGGAAUGGCUACUGGCCGAAGCUAUCCUGGACAAUCCUCUACUGAAGAGCGCACUUCGUGGAUUGCGAUAUUACGGGCUGCUGGUAUACGAUACGCAGUCAUGGAAGAAGCUGCAUUGUUUCCGUGGAGUUCUGUUCACCCUAUCGAUGGUUCUCUUCAACUGUACCCAGUACGUCGAUCUGUACCAGGUUUGGGGAAAUGUUUCCGAUAUGACGGCCAAUGCCGCAACAACACUGCUUUUCACGACGAUCAUCUUUCGGGUCAUCUUCUUCUAUCUUAAUCGAACACGAUUCAAUAAUAUCAUCCGUGUGGCACACGAUGGCGUGGAGCAGAUUAGAAAGAGCGAGUGGCUUGAGGAACGGGAAAUACUAUACCAGAAUGUAGCCUACCUGAAACGGUUGACGGCCGUGUUCUGGACCUGUGCCCUCGUCACAGCCAACACAAUGUGCGUGUAUGCUCUGGUGGAGCAUUUCAUGUACAAACGACCGCUCCACAAUGAGGUAUUGGCCACGAUCGGCUCGAUCAUGAACAGUACUGCUUCUGCGAAAUCUACCUAUCCUGCGACGAUUCUACGCUCUUGGUAUCCCACGUACGAUGGCAAGCGCAAUCAUUUCGCGGAAAUUUAUCUAAUCCAACUGUACAUCAUGUACAUCGGGCAGCUGAUCGUACCCACGUGGCACAUGUUUAUGGUGACCCUGAUGGUCUACGGUCGGGCCGAGUGCCGACUAUUAAAUCAUCGGCUUCGCAAUCUCUGCCUCUACCACGCACCCGUGUUGGCGUCGGAGAAGGGAGUUCCACCAGAUCGCGUAAAUAACCCGGAACGGCGUUCGUUGAUAAUCGAUUGCAUCCAGCGCCAAUCGGCUCUGGUGGCGUUCACGAAGGAACUGGAGCAACUGACACGGGCGGCCGUUUUCCUCGAUUUCGUCGUCUUUUCGGUGCUACUGUGUGCGCUGCUGUUCGAGGCCUCAAUGACCACGUCCGGGGUGCAGAUUUUUAUCGACAUUUGCUACAUCACCACAAUGACGGCCAUCCUGUUCCUGUACUACUGGCACGCCAACGAAAUCAACCAAUGCGCAGAUAAACUGUCGAUGUCGGCUUUCGAAAGUGAUUGGUAUCGGUACGAUCGCAGUACCAACAAGCUGCUCCAGAUAUUCAUCAUGUACAGUAAUCAGCCGUUGAAAAUGCGCGCAUUUUUCAUCUCCAUGUCGCUGGACACGUUUCUCAAUAUUCUACGAGCAUCUUACAGCUACUUCACCAUUCUUAAGCAAAUAACCACCUAA